AUGGAUGCCCUGAAAUCCGCCGGUAGAGCGAUUAUCAAGAGCCCCGGAGUUCCGCGGCACACAUGGGGAACUUCCAAACACGAGAAGCUGCCAGAGAACUGGACGGACACCAAGGAGACUCUGCUGGAGGGGAUGGUGUUCAAUGUGAAGUACCUGGGUAUGACUCUGGUGGGCCAACCCAAAGGAGAGGAGAUGGCCUCGGCUGCCAUUCGCAGAAUUGUUUCCACCGCAAGGGCCAGCGCUAAGAAGUUUCGUAAAGUAACAUUGACGGUCUCACCGAAGGGCAUCAUCAUGACAGACACAGAGACUACAGACCUCAUAGAGAACGUCUCCAUAUACAGAAUCUCGUACUGCACAGCAGAUAAAACUCAGGACAAGGUCUUCGCAUACGUCUCUCAGAGUCAGUUUAAUGAGACCCUGGAGUGCCAUGCGUUUCUCUGCCAAAAGAAGAAGAUUGCUCAGGCUGUGACAUUAACGGUAGCCCAGGCCUUUAAAGUCGCCCUCGAUCUGUGGGAGAUUGCUCAGGAAGACAAAAACAAAAAAGCCAGGACCUGCUGUUCUUGUGCAGCGAGCAAAGGGCAGACAGAGACAACAGACACUCAGUGUGUUCCUGCAGAUCCAGAGGCACGCAAGCCUGUUGGGUUGGAGGAAAAGAUCAGGAGGCCGUUCUUCUCUGCUUCACUCAGCUCACCCUCGCCUCGCAGUAACCCCACUCGAAGGCGACCAAUCAAACACGACUCUUGGGACGUGGAGGAUGGCCUCGAUGAUGCGUUCUCAAGCAACAUGGAAGUAGAGGAGAUGGACACCGACUGGCCGAGUCCUGCUCCGAACCCGUCUCUGACGAUGCAGCUCUGAGUCCCGGGGAUGUCUCCUACGAGAAUCUGUUGUCCGUCUGAAACAAUGAGUUUAAAUAACACACGCCGACAUAGUUGCCCAACUUGGAGCACCACAGAAAAAUAGAUUGGGAAUGAAAACACAAAAGCAGCAUACGUCAGUUGAGCCGACAGAAAACAUAUCAUGCUUCCUGGUGCACAACCUGAGUCAGGGAGGCUCUGCUUGAUUUUCCUCGGCUGCUGCGGAGAAGACAGAAUGGAUGCCCUGAUAUUAUAAACUGCUCUGCCUGCCAGUCAACACUCCACUCAGUGUAAACAGCCAUCUUCCACCAUAUUCUUAUUCUCACAAACUGCCAGAUGAAAGACUGUGCACACAAUGUACUACACAGAACUGCAAGAUGGGCAUAAAUUCAAUAGUUCUACUCAAAGAAGUUCCACAGAAGAUUCAUCAAAGGGAUUCUCCUUCUUUUAAUCCAAACUUGUAAAAAACACUUUCCCCUUCCACUUAGAUAACACGCAUUUGGAUAUUCUCAGCAUCAAGUAGUUUAGAGAUGUGUGUACAUAAAAGGCUGUCAUCUCUUUCUGUGAUCUCGCCGUUUGCUUAACAGAGUAACAGCUGCCAGUCUCAGCCAUCACUGGAAGAAGUACAGCGUUAGAGAUCAUCAGCAAAGCUGGUACAAAUCUUCAGUCAUGAUAUUUUAUGAAUUAUGCGUUCAUCAUUCAGCUUGUUGUGCUGAUUCAAGCAGUCCUUUGAAUAAUGCAACGGCGUGUGAUAAAGUAAUUUGACACAAGCAAACUAUACCCGUAUGUCGUCUUUUCAUAUAUUGGAACAUAACAUGUGUCUUAAAGAA